CCAGAUCUCUGUAAACGAUCGAAGCUUCUUUCCCUUCCAAAGCAAGUCAUUAGCGAAUGGAAACUGAUUCAGACUCAGACGGUUCUCACAUUUCUGGAACACCCCCAAGAGAAGAAGAAUCAAAACCUUCAGAAACUACAAUUCCUACUCGACUACUUUCUCUUGUAUCUUCUUAUAAAUCUAAAAUUGCCCUUAAAAAAACUAGGGUUUCUUCUUCUUUCUCAGUUCCCAAACCAUUUUCCAAUCACAAAACCCCCAAACCAAAACCAAAAUCAAAAUCCAAACCCAAGUCUCGAUCCCUACAACAAGAAGAAAAACCUUUAUUAAACCUCAAAUUAUCUUCACCAAAUUUACCAAAUCCUAAAACCCCCAAACCUAAACCCAAUUUCAAAACCCAAUCUCAACCUCCAACACAAGAAGACCCUAAGUUAUCUCCACCAGAUUCCUCAAACCCGAUCCAGAACAAUGAGGUUUCCUCGGCGAAAACCUUGUCAUUUCCUCAAUUUGUUUCUAAAUUAUCUCUACCAGAUUUCUCAAAUCAGCACGAUGAAAUUUCAUCGGCUAAAAUACUACCUAUGGGAUUUUCCCGUAAAUUCUCAAACGCUGGACGAACUUAUUCUAAUCCAGAAUCGACCGCAGAGAAUGUUCCAGUACCAGUGCCGCAGCCAGAAAUCGUUAAUUCUGACCACAUUGAAGUUGUAGGUAAACAUGUUAAUGUUGUCACUCCUGAGAUCAGUACUAGUAGUUUAGGGCAUCAUGUUAAUGCUGUUAUUCCUGAGAUUAGUACUAGCAGUAUAGGUAAUCAUCAAGGUGGGGAAUGUGUUAAGAAACCUGCGCGGAAGCAUCCUAAUUCGAUAGGUGGUAGUGAUCUGCAACCAUUGCCGUCUAAAAAGGCAAGACCAGUAAAUGAAAUGAAUUUUGUUAGGUUAAAUAUUAAUGGGUAUGGCGGGCGUGGGCGUAAGUUCUUGAACAAGAAAGGGAAAGGUCGCAGUAGUAGUAGUUCUUAUUCGUCUCAUAGUCGGAAAAAUAAAUGGAGAAGUAGUAAAGGAAAAGGUAAAGCAGAAGGUGAAGAAAAUGAAACUAAUGGUAUUUGUGAUGAAGAUGGUUUAGUUUCAGAAUUACCAAAGGAGCAAGAGGAGUGUGAGAAGACAGGGGGAGGUUAUGCAAUGGUAGAAAAAGUGGCGAUGGAUGCUCGUAACGAUCCGUCUGAUGAGAAUUUGUUGAAGUUGUUGAAAUUUAGCCAUGGGUAUGAUUCGUUUCGUGAGGGACAGUUGGAAGCGAUUAAAAAUGUGGUUGCUGGUAAUUCAACAAUGUUGGUUUUGCCAACGGGUGCUGGGAAAUCAUUGUGUUAUCAGUUACCUGCGCUUAUGUUACCUGGGCUGACUUUGGUUGUGAGUCCAUUAGUUGCUUUGAUGGUUGAUCAGUUAAAGCAGUUACCUCCUAUGAUUCAAGGUGGUCUUCUUUCUAGCAAUCAGUUUAGUGAGGAAGCUUCUGAUACAAUUCGUCGGCUUGUUGAGGGAAAAAUAAAGGUGCUUUAUGUUUCACCUGAAAGGUUCUCAAAUAAAGACUUUCUGUCUCUAUUUGGGCCCACAUUGCUUGUAUCACUUGUAGUGAUCGAUGAAGCUCACUGCCUAUCUGAGUGGUCACAUAACUUCCGGCCUUCUUAUCUGAGACUCCGCUCAUCACUACUUCGAGAAAAACUCAACGUUAAAUGCAUUCUUGCAAUGACUGCAACAGCGACAACCAAAACGUUGCAGGCUGUUAUGUCUGCUCUAGAGAUACCCCAGACCAGUCUAAUUAAGACAUCUCAGACGAGAGAAAAUUUACAGCUAUCUGUAACUUUGAGUGGAAAUAGAAUGAAAGAUUUACUGAUGCUGAUGAAGUCUUCUCCUUUCAAAGACGUUAGGAGUACAAUUAUCUAUUGUAAAUUUCAGUCUGAGACUGAUUUGCUUAGUAAAUAUCUUCGCGAUAACAACAUUUCCGCAAAGAGCUACCAUAGCGGUAUCCCAGCAAAAGAUAGGAGUCGAACUCAAGAGUUAUUUUGUUCGAAUAAGAUAAGAGUGGUCGUUGCUACUGUUGCAUUCGGUAUGGGGCUGAAUAAGAGUGACGUUGGAGCGGUCAUACAUUAUAGCUUGCCCGAAAGCUUGGAGGAAUAUGUUCAGGAAAUUGGUCGCGCUGGACGAGAUGGUCGAUUAUCCUAUUGCCAUCUAUUUUUCGACGAUUUAACUUAUUUCAAGCUCCGCAGUUUUUCAUACAGUGAUGGUGUUGAUGAAUUUGCAGUAAACAAGUUCCUGUGUCAAGUUUUCAGCAACGCUGUGUGCACACCUGGAAAAAUUUUCUCCUUAGUGAAAGAAUCUGCAUCUCAGAAAUUAGAUAUGAAAGAAGAGGUGAUGCUCACAAUUCUAACCUAUUUGGAGAUAGGGGAAGUGCAGUAUUUGCGCUUACUCCCACAAUUAAAUGUCACUUGCUCCUUGUAUUUUCACAAGACAUCCCCAGCUUUGCUGGCCUCCAAAGAUAUCGUGGUUGCAGCAAUUUUGAAGAAGUCUGAAAUAAAGCAAGGGGCUUAUGUUUUUGACAUACCCACUGUGGCAAACAGCACUGGGGUGACAGCUAUUGACCUAUCAAAGCAUUUGCAGACCUUAAAGUUAAAUGGAGAAGUUACAUACGAAGUUAAGGACCUUGCUUUGUGUUACAUGGUUAUGAAAACUCCUGGUGACUUUUGUGCCCUUACAGCACAUCUGACAAGAUGGUUAUCAGAAGUUGAAAGUUGUAAGGUAAAGAAAUUAGAUGAGAUGUUUAGUGCUGCUACUUUUGCUGUAAAAAUGUGUGACAAGGUGGAUGGCUGCUCUGGUACACAACAUACUAAGUGUCUGCAAAGUAGGAUCUUGGACUACUUUAACAGGGAAGACAAUGAUCCUCGGGGUGAUUUCUCAACGAAGAUGGGUCAAAGCAGCCCAUUUUUGCGAGCAGAUGUGAAGGUGUUUUUGCAGAGCAAUACACAUGCUAAAUUCACUCCAAGAGCAGUUGCAAGAAUAAUGCAUGGCAUUGGCAGUCCAUCUUUUCCUUCCGUGACUUGGUCCAAAACUCACUUCUGGGGUAGAUAUGCGCAGGUAGAUUUCCAAGUUGUCAUGGAAGCAGCAACUGCAGAGCUCAUGAAUUUUGCAGGGAGGCAUAAACUGUAACUCUGUUUUAGUAUCUGGCAUUCCUUAAUCAAUGUAAAUUGCAAAGCAUCGUUGCUUCAUAUUUAUUUUUCUUACUUUGUCAAGGUAAAUUAAAAUAAUAAAGAUUACAAAAAUUUACUUUUCUAUUCAAGAAAUCUUACAUAGAACAUUUAUCACCAUUUUUGUCAGAUACAGCUACUCUGGAUCCGAAUUUGUACACCCACGUUUG